AUGAACAUCUGCUGCAUUGCCCAGGCUGUUGCGACGUUCACUUUCGGAAAACCAGAGAACACGGCGAUGAUGCUGUCCGAAGACGAUGUGUUGGACGCGGCGAUCAUGGACAGCCUCUUGGACUCGGUCCUCGCUGCGCCGCCACGUCCCAACUACCAAGUGCGUCAGAGGCAUGAGCUCGUGCACCUGCGCGACGAGGCCAUGACGCUCACGGCACACCUCUCGGCGCUGCGCAGCAUCAAGCGUGUCGAGGUCGAGGCGAGCACCGGCGCCUGGGAAAAGAUUGCGCGCAACCAAAAGCUUGCGCUGGACACCGCGGUGCUUGAGAACACGCGCUUGAAGCGGGCGCUCGAAGACCAUAUCGAGUUUGCCGAGGCGCUCCAGCAUGCUAUGACCAAGCGGCCACGCCUCUCGUCGAUGGCGGCCGCCGACUUUGUCGACUGGAAAGUCCGCCGUUUGCCGCUCGAUCCCGUUGGGCGCCGCGCCGCCUUUGAUGGCAUGAUGAACGACGCGUACAACGCCCUCGAGACGCUCUACGUGCGCUCCGGUAUCCUCGACGCCGCGAGUGGCCAUCACGUGGUGACGGUCCACGAAGCUGUCGAUGCACUCUGCGUCAACAUGAACAGCGUCGCCGAGGUCGCCAAAAACCAUUAUGCGUGCAGCGACUCAGUCUGGACGUUUAUGAAGAGCAAGAGCAACGACAUGUUGCCGCACGUCACAUUCGAGGUCGUCGAGACCUUUGGCGACGACGGCAUUUACAUUCGCAUCACGGCUGCGGCACAGGCGGGCACACCCUGCACGCACCUCAUGUUCGCCAUGAAGCGCUUUGUCGAAGACGAUAAGAUCACGCUGGUGCUCAAGACGUUCCUGGAAGACGCGAGCCACACGCCGCCUUCGGAUGUCCUCGUUGGCAACCACACGGCCUGCGUCGUUUUCGAAGCGAUGGGCAACCACCGAACCUGCCGGCGGUUCUGUGCCGAAGGCAAGUUCCCAACGACGGUGCCGGCGGCGAAUCCGCUACUGCUCGAGCCGGUGCCGCCGUCGGACGCUCUGGCCAACCUCAUGGAGCCCAUCUUUACAGCCCUCGAAGAAAGCCUGCAAUGAGAUAUCAGAGGUCGCGACCCAUUUAAUCUAGUCAUGUGUAUGUGUGCGAAGGCGGAACGGUGGGUUGUCGUCAGCGUGAAGACAUACAUGGAAAUGACUGCCAUUGUCUUGGCGAUAGAGGCGCACAAGCAUCGGUAGCGCAAUCG